AUGUCGAACCCGGGGGUGUCCGAAUGCCUGACAGCGCUGCCCGCAGAUGCCUUGGGAAAGCCAGUCCUGCAGACUGAAAGCAAGAUGUGGGUCGAUGACAUAUCGGCCGAGUGCAGAUUAUUGGUCUAUACGACGCCGGAUCCAAAGGUGGAGAUUAUUGCAGUGGCUUUCACCCAGCUGACGCUGCGGGAUUUCGCCGGUUUUGAAGCGAUUUUCGACAGCGAGGGCUUUCUGGUGCGUACUGCAGAGCCUGGUGACGAGUCUGCGAUCCAUUUGGUCUUGAAAGCUUCGUAUUCCGUGCUUUUGCGCGGCGUCUACGAAGAUCACGUGUUGGAUGCAUUUCUGCCCCAUAUCAUCCACUGUGAAGCCGAGCUAUUCAGCUCUCAACAGUUCUUUGUGGUGAUGCAUCAGCCUUCCAACAGCAUCGUGGCCUGUGGUGGCUGGUCGCAGGAGAGGGUUGGAACCAAAGAGACCACAGAGGGCCUAGGACAUCUGCGACAGUUUGCCGUGCACCCGCAGUGGGCUGGGAAGGGCCUGGGCAAACGGCUCUUUGAAGCCUGUCAAAGACAAGGAAAGGAGAUGAAUGUGACAGACUUUGAGUGUUGCUCAUCACUGCUGGCUGAAGGCUUCUAUCGACGUUUGGGGCUGCAGACCAUUGGGGACAAGGAGGUUUAUGUGAAGGAUGGAAUCCCACCCAUCCCCUGCAGCUUGACUCUGGGAAUCCUGGGAAUCGGCCUGGUGAGGCAAGCUUAUGAAGACCAGCCUGACAUCUUGCUGAAUCUGAGAUACACUGAGCACAUGAAUUUUGAUGCACAGCACAAGGCUAGCAUCGUCGUGAAGGGUGAGGUUCAUGGUCAAGAGGGGGUGCCAGCUCGUGUGCACUCUGAAUGCUUCACGGGGGAUGUGCUCGCCUCCAAACGUUGUGACUGCGGCCAGCAGCUUCAUAAAUUCAUGCGGGUGAUGAACGAUGUGCCCUUCGCCAUUUUGCUCUACAUCAAGGGGCAAGAGGGGCGAGGCAUCGGGCUCUUGGCCAAGAUCCGUGCCUACCAGUUGCAAGAUCAAGGUCAUGAUACGGUGGAUGCCAAUUUGAAGCUAGGCUUGCCUGUCGACAUUCGAAGCUACGGGGACGCGCUCUUCGUCCUUCGCGACCUCGGGGUGAAGUCAGUAUCCCUCUACACCAACAAUCCGGACAAGAUGUCUGCACUGCAGUCCAUCACGAAAGAGGUUGUAGCUAUGCCAUCUGUGCCCUGUGAACGGAACAUUGGCUAUUUGAAGACCAAGAAAGACAGGUUGAAUCAUCGAACGGUGCUCGAAACCUUCAAACUGCCUGAGCUUAGUCUGCCACCUUCGCAACUGCGGAUUGGCAUCGUCUACGCCAUGUGGAACCAAUACUUCGUGGACGAACUCCGAUUGGCUGCUGAAGCAGAGCUUGAGCGUUGCCGCGUGGAGGUUUUGAAAAUGGCGGUGCCGGGAGCUUUGGAAUUGGUGAGCGGUGCUCGAAUCACGCUGCGCCAUCACAAGCCGGACGCCGUGAUCGUGAUUGGCGUGCUCAUCAAAGGUUCCAGCGAUUUGUAUGAUCGCUCCUGCAAUGCGGCCCGAGAGCCCAGUGGGGGCCCGGAAGGAACAGUUAAUCGCUAUGGCACGGUGGCACGGCAGGUGAUGACAGGCCUCACAGAACUGAAUGCCAUCCAAGACACGCCGGGGUCUUCAGCAAUGCCGGCAGGUCCACGAGUUUGGCAGAUUCUAUCGGAGCCAGGUGGCUCGGAGAUGUGCUCAAACUUCAGUGAAAGCGGCAACCGCCAAAACGGCGCAGAUCAUUGGACCAUGAGCUUCUUGCAGGUCGUCCGCCGUGAGGUGGCUCCCCUUGGCACGCUGGGAGUCAUUGUGGCCAAUUUCCUCACCAAGGGCUUGAAACUCUUGGUGAAACGUUAUGGCCCCGAAUUUCUUUGGCGACGUCCCAAAGAGUCCACACGCAAAGCGGGUGAUCCGGGUUUUCCAUCCAGCCAUACUUCGAAUAUGACAUUUAUUUCCGUCUACUUUGCCCUCUAUCUUUGGCUCCACCUGAAUUGGCUUCCUGAACGAUCCCUGCUGGUAGCACUCAUCCCCUCUUCGGCCAUGGCCGCCGCACGCAUUUGCGACAAGGAUCACACUGUGCAGCAGACCAUUGCAGGCGUCCUUUGGGGAGCCCUACUAGGACUCUGGUGGGCCUUGAUUGGUCCUCGCCUGCGAGGCAUUUUGGAAUGGGCCCAGCCACAACCUUGGGCUCUGGUGGUCUUGUGCUUCGUGGUUGGCCUACCGAUGUUCACCAAACCCUUGGGACUGCGGUUGCUUCCCAAAGGUCCUACGAGACGACCGCGCCGCUGA